AUGACCUCGGUCUCUGAGCUCGCCUGCAUCUACUCAGCCCUCAUUCUGCACGAUGACAAGGUGACCGUCACGGAGGAUAAGAUCAAUGCCCUUAUUAAAGCAGCUGGUGUAAAUGUUGAACCUUUCUGGCCUGGCUUGUUUGCAAAGGCCUUGGCCAAUGUCAACAUCGGGAGCCUCAUCUGCAAUGUAGGGGCUGGUGGACCUGCUCCAGCAGCUGGUGCUUCACCAGUAGCAGGUCCUGCCCCCUCCUCCGCUGCUGCUGCCCCAGCUGAGGAGAAGAAAGUGGAAGCAAAGAAAGAAGAAUCUGAGGAGUCUGACGAUGACAUGGGCUUUGGCUUUUUUGACUAAAUCUUUUGUAACGUGUUCAAUAAAAAGAUGAACUCU